GUUUCCAUGAACACUCUAUCACCUGGGUUUUUGAGAGUCUCUAGGUUGUCUGUCGUGUUGACUAGCCAGCUGCAACAAGUUAACACAGUUGGAGCUAGAAGGCCGUCUACCGAGCGUCCCGCGUGUAGGGAAAAGAAAAGUAAUGAACUUAGUGUCAUGCUCGCGCCGAUCUGUGGACUUCAAGCAGGAGCGCAUAGAAAUAUAGCAUCAAACUCUCCUGGGCUGGCUCACCUCACUGGAAGAAGGUUAGCAGUGGUAAUGUAGGCAGUUGAUGUUGGUUACCGUAAUAACACCAAAGAACAAACAACGCGGUGCUGGAGAGGGGUGUAAAAUUAUAAUAGACUACGCAGGCGAAGAAGCAACCAAUUCGCUGAAGCAGAACAUAAGAGGAGGAUGAGAGGAAAACCGCGCAUUACCAUCCGCAGUAGCGCUUGCGCC